AUGAUUGGGCUGCGCAAAUCUUUGCCAGUGGCCAUUGUGUCAUUGUUGGCCGUGAGCUCUGGUGCUGAGGCAUAUCGCUGGUUCAAUUGGCAGUUCGAUGUGACAUGUGAAGCCACUGGCUUCUACGUACCUGCCAAUGAAUCCGAACUUGUCGAUUUUGUCAAAUACCAUUACCCACGGAAUACCAUGCUCAAACCUGUUGGAAAUGGUCACGGGUUUGGCAAUCUCACGACUUGUGUCAGUGACAAAGACACUGAGCGGGAGUCAUACAUUCUCAGCUUGACCAAUCUCAAACAUCUCAACAUCCAUGAUAACAACAUCGUCACCUUUGGUGGUGGUUGGGAUCUGGUCGACCUUAUGCCAAUUCUUGAAGAGAACGGUCUCCAAGUUGCCAACCUUGGUAGUGAAAAGGUGCAAAACUACAUCGGCGCUGCAACUACUGGUACCCAUGGUACCGGAAAGCAGCACCAAAACCUCGCCACCCAGAUUAUCGGCCUUCGCGUGUUGGAUGCGAAGGGGGAGAUCCACAAAAUCACCAAAGAAAGCACCCCUGACUUGCUUCGGGCUUACAGUAUCGCCAUUGGAGCUUUGGGAAUUAUCGUGGAGGUCACAAUCCAAGCCGAGCCCUUGGCAUACCUGAAGCGGACUACGAAGGUUGUGGAGGGAUCUUCGAACAUCACCGAGCUUUAUCAGCAAAUCGCGGAGUUUGGCACCAAAUACGAACAAGUCAACAUCGUGGGCCCUACUCUGAACUAUGAUCAAGACAAGCAUGAGCUUGUAGUGAAUCCUAACAUGACACUCGUAUAUUGGGAAGAGACUGAUUACCAAGGGUCUCGCAAUUGCUCACUCGAUUUCUGCUCCAAUGACUGCGGCCGCUGCGAUCGGGACUACGUCUGCUAUGAUCACAAAAUGGAAGCAAUCGCAACAACCCCAUCUGGAAUCUGCUACCGCGGCUUCAUGGGGCAGUUUGAGCACUUCUUCCCUAUCGAGAGCCUGGCAGAGGCUGGUGAGGAUUACUUGACCUACGCUCAAGCCCAAUCCGACAGAAUGAAGCCAUACAUUGACGAUGAAAUCGUGGGACCAGGCUUGAAGGGUCAUUAUCUCAGUGACGAUGUGACAGUCAUCACUAGAUUUGUCAAGGGUGAUGACAACUGGCUGUCCCCUGUCAACAAAUACAACUUGCAGCCCAAUGCCAGUGGAAUCUUCGCCACAUUGGAAUACUCCUGGAUCCCCACCUACAACAACUUCACCACUCAGUACUUCUUCCAAGAGCUUGCCAGCGAGUACAUUCCCAAGUUCGGUGAAAUCUAUAAUGUUCGACCUCACUGGAACAAGAUGAUUUUCCACAACGAGACUUACAGCUCCACCAUCUACCCGAAGAUGAAUGAUUGGGUUGAUUUACAGAAGAAGAUGGACCCCAAUUGUCAAUUCAUCAAUGAGUUCCUGGCUGAGUCUCUUGGGAUUGAUCGGUGUCAAUAUCUUUUCGACUAA